AGUAGAGAGAAAACCUUCCCCAUCUUCUCUCUCUCUCUCUCACCUGUUCUUCUUCUCCUAUGGCUCACCUCUCCAUGGACCAUGGACCAUGCUGAAAUAAACAAUGAAAACCUUCUACAACCCUACCAUUGAAAGUAACAUUUGAGGUUUAAUUAUUUAGUGCAAUUAUUAUAUGCAAUCUUAUUAUUAUUAUAUAAAGAACAUCACACAUCUCCCCAAAUUGGCAGCUUCCUAUGUGAACGUUCAACAGGAAGGCACAUCUGUUGAGUUCUUCUCUGUUAUAGAAGCAAACAACAGCAAAACAUAUACCAUACGCCAUUAUUGCUCCUCCAAGGAUGCCUCCUAACACCUGCAUUAUCUUGUUCUGCCUCUUAACUUCUCUUUCUCCUCUCAUUAGAGCCACCUUCAAUCUCACCCUCCCCCACCAACACCCCAACCCUGAAGCUGUGGUUCAAGAAGUCCAGAGGAGACUCAAUGUAUCAAUAUCCAGAAGGCAAAUGCUAUCCACCACCACCACCAACAAUGGCGGCUCCAAAGACCAGCUCUCGUGCCUCACCGGAAACCCAAUCGACGAUUGCUGGCGGUGCGACCCAAACUGGGCCAACAACCGCCAACGACUCGCCGACUGCGCCAUCGGAUUCGGCCACGCAGCCCUCGGCGGCAAAGGCGGCCAGUUCUACGUCGUCACCGACUCUUCGGACCCAGCAAACCCAACUCCGGGCACACUCCGCUACGGCGUGAUCCAAUCCGAACCCCUCUGGAUCAUCUUCUCUGGCAACAUGCUCAUCAAGCUCAAGCACGAGCUCAUCGUGAACAGCUUCAAAACCAUCGACGGUCGCGGCGCGAAUAUCCAGAUCACCGGCGGCGGCUGCAUUACGCUUCAAUACAUCAGCAACGUCAUCAUCCACAACAUCCACGUCAGCCACUGUGUUCCCUCGGGAAACACUAUGAUACGCUCCACCCCAACCCAUGUUGGGCAUAGAGGAAUAUCGGACGGUGAUGGUAUCUCCAUCUUCAAUUCUCAUGAUCUGUGGAUUGAUCAUUGCUCUCUGUCUUAUUGUACGGACGGUUUGAUUGAUGCGAUCAUGGGGUCCACGGGGAUCACGAUAUCGAACAGCUAUUUUGCACAUCAUAAUGAAGUGAUGCUGUUAGGGCAUGAUGAUAAGUACUUGCCUGAUUCCGGGAUGCAGGUGACCAUAGCUUUUAAUCACUUUGGUGUAGGGCUGGUGCAGCGUAUGCCUCGGUGUAGACGCGGGUAUAUACACGUGGUUAAUAAUGAUUUCACGGAAUGGAAGAUGUAUGCUAUCGGCGGUAGCGCUAACCCUACUAUCAAUAGUCAGGGUAAUCGCUAUACCGCGCCGGUGGAUCCCGACGCCAAGGAGGUGACGAAGCGCGUGGAUACAAACGAGAAAGAUUGGACGGAUUGGAACUGGAGGACAGACGGGGACAUAAUGGUAAAUGGAGCAUUCUUCGUUCCCUCUGGACAAGGCCUCACCGCACAGUACGCCAAAGCCUCCAGCGUCGAGCCCAAGUCCGCCGCCCUCAUCACCCAACUCACCUCCAACUCCGGCGUUUUCGGUGAUCCCAGGGACACCAGUGUGAGCAUUUCAUACCCUGGUGUCAAUGGCGUUGGUACCAGCACCGGCGGAAGCGGUUCUGAUGGGGGGUCCGGUAGCAGCAGUGGCGAUGGCGGGAACUUUUUUGGGAUGAUAUUUGGGAGCAGCGCGCCACCACCACCUUCUUCAUCUACAACCACUACCAUCCUCUUGUCUCUUUCUAUUAUUUUAAGUUUAUACAUUACCACCAACUAUGGUACUCUAUUAUCAUUACCAUUGUUAUCAUCAUCACAAUUAUUAUGAUUAUUAUAGGAAAUUUGGAAAGCAAAGGAAUUGAUAUUUAAGAAAGGAAAUGAGAGAUUUAUCAAUUUGAUUGUU